AUGUGGAGGCUACUGCAUUCGUGUUGUUGCUGCUGGUGGAUUUUCUCACUCAUUCUGCUUGCCUUCGUGCUCCUCCGGGCCGAGUGUCAUCCUGCGCUGACAGGAAGCCAAGCCGAGUCACAAGCCCCUAUCCAAGGCCUUCGCAGAGCCGUGGCCGACGGGACACGACUCCGGAGAGCUGCCACCGAGGAGACCUACUGGGCCUACUCAGGUAUAUAUGGGCCGGAUGAAGGCUGGGCAUCAGCCUACCCAGAAUGCAGAGAGAGAAACCAGUCACCAAUCAACAUUAUGGACCAGGAUACCAAAGUAUCCACAGAGUAUCAGGAACUGACACUGGAGGGCUUCGAUACGGAAUCCUCGAAUAAGACAUCUAUGAAGAACAACGGCAAAACGGUGGCCAUCAUGUUGAAGGAUGAGUACUUUGUACGGGGAGCAGGUCUACCAGGGAGGUUUAAGGCAGAAAAAUUGGAGUUUCAUUGGGGUCCAAACAACGGAUCUGAAGGCUCAGAGCACAGCAUUAACGGCCACCGUUACCCCGUGGAGAUGCAGAUCUACAUGUACAAUUCAGAUGACUUUGACAGCCUCAGUGCAGCUCUGAGGGAGAAGAGGAUCAUCGCAGCUAUGGUUGUGUUUUUUCAGGUGGGGGGGAAGGACAAUCCUGCUGUGGACCCAAUAAUCCACGGCCUGAAGGGAGUGGUUCAUCAUGAAAAAGAGACUGUCCUGGAGCCAUUUGUGCUGAAGGACCUGCUGCCGUCUGCGCUGGGAAGUUACUAUCGCUACACCGGCUCUCUAACAACCCCGCCCUGCAGUAAAGUGGUGGAGUGGAUCAUCUUCAGCAGACCUAUCUUUGUCUCCUACAAACAGUUGGAGGCUUUCUACUCGAUCUUCACUACGGAGCAGCAGGACCAUGUUAAGUCGGUGGAGUAUCUGCGCAGCAACUUCAGGCCCAUCCAGAGCUUGGAUAACCGCCACGUCUACAAGUCAGCAGUCAAAGACGCCUGGCUGCCCGACUUGACUGACAGCGGCAGCGGGCCGUAUGGCACGGAGGCGUCCAAAGUAUGCAGCAGCGCUCCCAUCAACAUGAAGGUGCAGCAUGUGAACAGCAGUGCUCUGGUGGUGCGCUGGGCUCGUCCUGAGGUCAUCUACCAUCCGCCCAUCCUCCAUUUCCUGGUGUCCUACAGCUGGACGAGCCACGACGACAGCUACGAGGAGACGCACCUCACUGACGCCAAACACAAACUGGAGGCAGUCAUAUCUCCCGUCUCCCCCGAUGUGCUGUACUUGUUUCGAGUUCAGGCCAUCUGCAUGAACGACAUGCGCAGUGACUUCAGCCAGAGCAUGCUCUUCAGAGCAAACACCACCAGGAUCUUUGAGGGGACGAGGAUUGUGAAAACUGGAAUGCCAACAGUGUCUCCAGCCUCCUCAGCCGACAUGGCUCCCAUCUCCUCUGGCUCAUCUACUUGGACCUCCUCAGGUAUCCCCUUCUCCUUCGUAUCCAUGGCGACAGGAAUCGGGCCGUCCUCAAGCGGUAGUCAGGCAACGGUGGCGUCCUUGGUGACCAGCACUUUACUGGCCGGCUUGGGCUUCAGCGGCGGUGUCAUCUCCUCUUUCCCCAGCUCUGUUUGGCCGACCAGAGCGCCAACCCAUAGCCACAACUCUGCACGCCAGACCACUGAACCCACUGAGCCCGCCAAAGACGCCACCACUUCUGCCUCUGCUGUCACAACAGCCGCAGCCAAAGAUACGAGUGAAACUGGGGGUGAGGACCGAGAGAACAGCAAGGAUCAAGAGGAGGAUGAAGAGAGGGAAGGAGAGGAUAAGGAUGAAGAGGAGGAAGAAGAAGAAAAAGAGGAGAAAAGGGAGAGGAAGGGAUCAGGAGGUGUGGGCGAGGCAGGGAGAAAGGGCAACAGUACGGCAAAGAAUGAACCGUCCAGCAAGACACCGGAUGCAACUGCAAAAGAGAAAAAACAGACUAAACCGGAUCCAGCUCGCAUGUCACCUUUAGAAGACCAACUGGAGGUGUAUACCCACAAUCCACUUGACAUCAACUCAACUAUCAGCACAGAGGCAGUCAAUGAAAUGGCAGAAUUCCCAGUCCCCAACGACCCAGCAGCGACACUCAGACCCUGCUCAGGAAGGGACAAGAAGCACUGGCCUUUCUCCAUCCACACUGACCGUCCAAGUGCUGGGACCAACCUGACCCACCAGACAAGACCCGGUACUGGUGCGGGACUGGGCCGCGUGGAGUGGCUGGUACCUUUGGUGGUGGUUUCAGCUCUGACGUUCCUCUGCCUUGUUCUACUGCUGGCUGUGCUCGUCUACUGGAGGCGCUGUUUCCAGACAGCCCAUUUCUAUGUGGAAGACAGCAAUUCACCCAAGGUGGUACCCAAUGAGACAAUCCCUGUCAUCCCCAUUCCAGAUGACAUGGAGGCUAUUCCAGUCAAGCAGUUAAUCAAACACAUCUCUGAACUCUACUCAAAUAACCAACAAGGAUUCUCUGAGGAUUUUGAGGAGGUUCAACGGUGCACUGCUGAUAUGAAGAUCACAUCAGAGCACUCCAACCACCAUGGCAACAAGCACAAGAACAGAUACAUCAACAUAGUGGCCUAUGACCACAGCAGGGUGAAGCUUAGGCCAAUGGCUGGGAAGGACUCCAAACACACCGACUACAUCAAUGCCAACUAUGUGGACGGUUAUAAUAAGCCCAACGCUUACAUCGCAGCUCAGGGACCUCUUAAGUCCACCUUUGAGGACUUUUGGCGGAUGGUGUGGGAGCAAAAUACCUGCAUCAUCGUCAUGAUCACCAACUUGGUGGAGAAAGGACAGAGAAAAUGUGACCAGUACUGGCCAACAGAGAACAGUGAAGAGUACGGCAACAUGGUAGUCACACUGAAAAGCACUAAUGCUCAUGCCUGCUACACCGUUCGCCGCUUCAUAUUACACAACACUAAAGUCAAAAAGGGCGGGAAGGGGAACCCAAAAGCACUGUCCCAGGGUGAACGGAUCGUGCUCCAGUAUCAUUACACCCAGUGGCCCGACAUGGGUGUCCCUGAGUACACCCUGCCUGUCCUCACGUUUGUCCGCAGGUCUUCGGCCUCCCAGAUGCCUGACAUGGGACCCAUGCUUGUCCACUUGCUGCGUCGGAGUCGGACGGGGACGUACAUUGUCGCAGACAGCAUGCUGCAGCAGAUCAAAGACAAGAGCACAGUUAAUGUACUCGGCUUCCUCAAACACAUACGCACCCAGCGCAACUACCUAGUCCAGACUGAGGAGCAGUACAUCUUCAUCCACGAUGCCUUGAUGGAAGCCAUUUUGGGGAAUGAGACAGAAGUGACAGCCAGCCAGCUUCACAGCUACUUCAACAGCAUCACAACACCAGGACACAGUGGACGGACACAUCUGGAGAAACAGUUCAAGUUGGUAAAACAGUGUAAUACCAGAUUCAUGGAAUGCUUCAACGCUCAGAAGGAGUGCAACAAAGAGAAAAAUCGAAACUCCUUUGUGGUGCCAUCGGAGCAAGCGAGGGUCGGCCUAGCACCUUUGCCCGGCAUCAAAGGCACCGAUUACAUUAACGCCUCUUACGUCAUGGGUUACUAUCGGAGUAAUGAGUUCAUCAUAACCCAGCAUCCUCUGCCCCACACCACAAAAGACUUCUGGAGAAUGAUCUGGGACCACAAUGCACAAAUUAUUGUUAUGCUGCCUGCCAACCAUGGACUGGCAGAGGAUGAGUUUGUGUACUGGCCCAGUCGGGAGGAGGCCAUGAACUGCGAGGCGUUCACUGUCACCCUCAUCAGUAAAGACCGACUUUGUCUGUCCAAUGAGGAGCAGAUCAGCAUCCACGACUUCAUCCUGGAAGCUACACAGGAUGACUACGUUUUAGAGGUUCGUCACUUUCAGUGCCCCAAGUGGCCGAAACCCGACGCACCCAUCAGCAGCACCUUCGAGCUUAUCAACGUCAUUAAAGAGGAGGCCGCCACCCGCGAUGGACCAACCAUCAUCCACGAUGAGUUGGGAGCAGUAUCGGCCGGCAUGCUGUGUGCCCUCACCACACUGUCUCAGCAGCUGGAGAGCGAGGGCGCCGCCGACGUCUAUCAAGUGGCCAAGAUGAUCAACCUCAUGAGGCCAGGAGUCUUCACAGACAUUGACCAGUACCAGUACCUCUACAAAGCUCUGCUCAGCCUCGUCAGCACCAAGGAGAACGGCUCGUGUUUUCUGACCAGAGACACUAAUGGGACUAUGGCGUCCAUGUCCGACCAGCCUGACCAGGCAGAGAGCAUAGAGUCAUUGGUCUGAGAGAGGCCCUUCGGGGGCCCGGAGCUGAGCUGAGCUGAGCUGAGCUGAGCUGAGGGUCUUUUGGUUCUAAACCACCUGUGAGGUCUCUGAGCUACAAUGGAGGCACUCAACUUUGUAAACUGUCAAGGAACUAUUGUGAUCAAGACUUUGUGAGGCCUUUUUGCCAGACUCUUGGUUAAAAUGAAUAACCUGAUUACUUUUUUACACUGAUAAAAAGUUUUUGAUAUUUAUUUUUUUUUGCCAUUUUAUGUCUUAAUGGUCUCCUACUGAAGGGUUUGCACCUGCGUUUUUGAGUUUUACGACGACGUCGGUAGGCAACGGGAAACACUUUUCGGUCUUUUCUUGUUUGCACUAUAUAAUGUCAGUGUUACUGCCUAUACUAAAGCUGACUCACUCGGCUUUUUUUCCACUCAAGCUCUGAUUUUUCUUUUUGACAUUCCUCGGCUGUGGCCCUUAUUAAAUCAACUGCUUCUGUGAAGGACAUUGUUCUGCUGCCACUCACCAGUUGAUUUAAGACAGUGGACGGAGGAAGGCACCAAGUCUCCGCCUCAGUGACAAAAUGCUGUACCACUUCAGCUCAGCGUGACCUCCUCCGCCCUGCUCAUCGAUAGUACUCAUACUACCACUCAUUUAUCACAAGAACUGAGAUCUCGGAACCUAUUGCCACAGACAAGUAGUGCUUGUUUUAUUAAAAGUAGUUUCCUCUUCACCGUUUCUUUUUUUUACCUUGUUUUCUUGUCACUCUCCCUCUUAUUAGCGAGUCACACCCAUGUUAGAAUACUUAAGGUGGUGUAAUAACUGCU